AUUCCUAACCUAAUUUUUCUCCCUCUUCCCCCAAGCUCCAUCUCCCACCCGCGCCUCCUUGCUGCUCUUCUUCCCAACUGUAGCUGUUUUUUUAUCCUCCGCCGCUCCUUACUUCUCUCCCGACUCCGGAAACCGCCUCCGUCCAGAGAAGGUUGCUUCAGAACUCGUUCAGCGGCAAUUCGGCAAGGCAAUAACUUCAGAUUUGCGUUAGAUGGAACUGGCAUUUUUAUUACCUUAAAGUUGGCUUCAUGGAGGGCAGCAGUUUUCCCUUACCAAAUUUGGGUUCCGAUGUUGUUAGCACACCAAGAAAAGCCGGAAAAAUGCUUAGUAGUAGUAGUAGUGGAUUUUCUAAGAAAACACGUGUUGGUCAAAUAGAAGACACUAUGAUUUCAACUGGAGUUGAUGACGUAAAGGAUAAGCCAGGGUGUAAUUCUACAAAAUGUAACUUAUCAGAUAAAACACAAAUGCUGAGACAAAAGAACAGCUUUAGUGGCAAGAGAGGUGACAGGAAAAUUUUCAAAGUUCCUAUGAAGCCGAAAUCUGAUUCUUUCUCCAAGAAGGGUGGUUUUGCAAGCUUUACUCUGGCCUCUGGUGGGAACAACUUCCUUGGAUUGUAUGGACUGAAGUCUGAUGAUAUAAAUGAUGUCUCCAAGCUUGUAGAGGAUUUAUCAUUAAAUGAACUCCUUGAUGGUAGAUUCGAGCAUCCCAUUUUAGGCGGUGAGAAGGAUAGGAAAGCAACUAACACAACUGAAAAUUUUCUACAUUCUGUUAGAAAGGUGUUCUCCAUUCUUCCGCUACGAAGAGCACAAUGCCACAAUGUUGCGGAUUUAGACAGUUCUUCCCACAUGAAAAUGCCCUCAUGUACACUGAGCUCUGUUUCUGUUCCGGCAAGUAGUGUUAAUGGUGAUAAAGAAGACACUUGUUCUGUAGACCCAUCGCCAUGCAACAAGGAUUCAUCUGGCAAGUGUGAAAUGCUUGCCAGUCCUUCGGAUUUUUCAUUGUAUCAGCCCAAAGAUAUUUUACAGCGCUUGGCGUUACCUCCACCAAAAGAUCUGGACUCUUUACUUCUCGAUGCAACCAAGCCUUCAACAUCCACAAGGAAUAAUUCUGAUACUCGUUCAGGCAAGCAAAUGCUCCGCCGAGCUAGCUUGCCACCAUUUCCUUGGUCGCAUACUCUUAAUGGGUGCAGAACCAAUCCUGAUGCGGUUAAGCUCUUAUCAAACAAGUGCAUGUGCCAAGGGCGAUGGGGAAAAGUACCAAACACUUCCAGUUCACCUGAGACUGCAACUGGUUGUUUUUCCAACUUGGAAUCACUUGCCUAUGAUCCAAGCCUGAUUCCUUCCUUUCCAAAAUUUGGUAAUUCAGAAGGUGAAAUAGCAUCGCCAUCUGGUACUCUUCAUUUAUGUGAACAGCGUGCAGAACCUCUUGCAACUUAUGCCAAGGCUUUUAAUGUUCCACAAGUUGGACACUGUCCAAAAUAUUGGCUGCAGCUCAAACAUUAUGUGACAUUGCGACAAAACCCUUGA